UCAGGUAGUUAAGACCUAUUUUGAAUAAAGAAUUUGUUAACCCGAACAACACGUGUAAUUACAUAAAACUAUAACAUGGUGUCAGAAGCAAUCGUGUGCUUCUAGUUUAUUUCCGGCGUCAUCGAGUGAAAUCGCGGAAAGUUAUUAUCGCGUGAAGAGAUAACGUCGCGGUGAAUCGUGUCGAAACGUGUCGAAUCAAGUUCAUUGGUAAAACGGAUUUCCUCAUUGAAAAUGGAUCCUAACCAAUUUAAGAUGUUCUUGGAGCAUCAGUCCAAUAUAUUUACCCAGUUGAUGCAGAGCAUGGCCGCACUGAAUCAGCAACAGCGACCGCAACCACAACAGCAAGUGAAAUCGACUACUGUUCCGGUUCCUCAGCCGUCGCCUUUAUCGUUGGAAGGAGACAUGACAGCAAACUUUGACUUCUUUGAGAGAAAUUGGCGAAACUAUGUAAGUGCUAUGGAAAUGGACAAAUGGCCUCCAGCGGAUAAUCCAAGAAAAGUGAGUGUGUUGCUUUCGGUCAUUGGCGAGGAAGCCAGAAAACGGUUUUUCAAUUUCGAACUAACCCCAGCGCAGCAGAUUGACCCAGAAGCUGCGUUAGUAGCUAUUAAAGCAAAAGUCGUCACAAAAAGAAACAUAAUUGUUGACCGACUUGACUUUUUCUCAGCUGUUCAUUCACCUAACGAAACAGUUGAUGAUUUCACAACCCGACUAAAAACCCUAGCCAAGGUUGCUAAGCUAGGAGAACUGGAAACGGAAUUCAUCGCGUUCAAGGUAGUAACAGCAAACAAGUGGCCACAUCUUCGUACUAAAAUGUUACCUAUGGCAGAUAUAACUCUGGAUAAGGCUGUUGAUUUAUGUCGUGCAGAAGAAAUAGCGUCGCAGCGGUCUUAUGAGCUGGGAGCUUCAUCUUUGCAAACAGAGGUAAACAAGGUCCUCAAAUCGAAUAAAAGAGCAGCUAGGUGCAAAUUUUGUGGAGACUACCAUGAAUUUACAAAAGGUACCUGUCCGGCGUUAGGUAAACGCUGCCACCGGUGCAAAAAGAAAAACCAUUUUGAAAAGAUGUGCAAGGUAUCAGGUAAUAAACCGAAAGUACGAAAAUCCAGACGCGUUAAAGAGGUGAAAGACGGCAACUCAGAUUCAGAAUCGACCAUGACAGGUAGCGAGUCGUCAAACGAGGAAACAGACGAUGAAUAUGAAAUAAGUAAAAUUUACGACAACUCGAAUACAGGUGGAAGUGUCUUGGCCGAGCUGAGCCUAAAGUUCAAUAAAAAAUGGAGAUCGGUCCUUUGUGAAGUUGAUACGGGCGCCAACACUAGUUUGGUUGGACACUUUUGCCUAGUUGAAUUGUACGGCACGCGCAAUAUUCCCGUUCUCCCUUCAAAGUUCCGUCUACAGAGCUUUGGAGGCAACUCUAUCAAGGUAUUGGGCCAGAUCAAAGUUCCAUGUCGUCGGUUGGGAAAGAAAUUCAUCCUCGUUUUGCAAGUUGUGGACGUCGAGCACCGUCCUUUACUCUCGGCGAAUGCAUCAAGAGAACUCGGUCUUGUCAAGUUCUGUAAUACAAUUGCUUUUGGUGAACCAAGCUCAAGUUGUCACUCAGACGACCAGCAGAAAAAAUUACUCAACAUUCACCGAGUAAAGGCACAGCAGAUUAUCAACGAGCAUCAACAAUUGUUCAAGGGCUACGGAAAACUUCCAGGGUGUGUUUCACUUGAGAUAGACAACAGCGUCAUCCCAUCGAUACAACCUCCUCGUCGUGUACCAAUCGCGAUGCGAAAUAAGCUUAAAGCCGAACUGGAAAGCCUUGAGAAGGACGGAAUCAUCGUCAAGGAAACAUCACAUACAGAUUGGCUGUAAACCGUCCAACUCCAGCCAUUGUAAACAAACACUCGGAUACCGAGCGAGAGCUGUCACCUACAGCAGAAGCAGAUCAGUUCCCGUUGCUUCCGUCGCAGGCGCCUACUGCGAUGACAGAAUCGCAAAUAAAUCCUGCAGCAGUGUCACCAGAAUCGUCGAAAACAAAAUCAAAGAGGGUUCGGCCCGUUACACCGUUACAUUUAAACCGUCCCAAAAGAGAAAUGCAUAUUCCUGUAAAAUUUAAAGAUUACACAAUGUAUUGAUUUUUUUAAAAGAACAGAGAGGAUGUU